UCAUGUUUUUGAGUAAUGACUAAACAGGAUUUGUCUAAACACUAUGACCCUAAAAUUCAAGAAACACUUUCAGACAACAGGCUGUCCAGGAAACUCACCAUCUAUGAAGACAAUCAUAUCCUGAAGCACUUAAGAAGAAGCAAUGCCGUGUGUUUUUUUUAUCCUCGUGUGUUGUACCAGGUGUUGUGCAGAGAGAGCAUUUCUGGGAGUCGCUGUUACUGGGAGGUGGACUGGAAGGGGACAGAGAUCGACGUGGCCGUUACCUACAGGGGAAUCCGCCGCAGAGGCAGUGGAAACGAGUGCAGUCUGGGCUGGAACGACAAGUCCUGGAGUUUGUACUGCUCUGAUGCUAAAUACACCUUUGUGCACAACAGUAAAAGCACCGACAUCUUUGGUUUGACGUCGUCUCGCAUCGGUGUCUAUCUGGACUACAUAAAUGGGACGCUUGCCUUCUACAGUGUUCCUGAUGGCAUGAGACUCCUGCACAAAGUCCAGACCACGUUCAGAGAGCCUGUCUACCCAGCUUUCAGUGUGUGGGGCUUUGGAUCUAAUAUAAAGCUGUAACCACAGGUCCCAAGGCAUGCAUGGGUUUUAGCACAGACUCGAGACAUCCCCUAUAUUUAUGGAAAGUUUAGAUGCAGGAUUUGGUUUUUCACACUUUUUAAAAGUGAUUUUUCUAUAGCCAAAAUAUUUUCUCCAUUUUGAUUGGUGUUAAUGGUAAAUUAGGUUUGUAUAUUGUCAUUUGUAUGUAAAGUAGAAUAUGAGAUUAUUAUUAUUUUGUUGUUCUUUGUAUUUUCAAGCAUUUACUGCAUAAAACAUUAAAGCAUCUUAGGAUUACCAUCAUGCUGGAAGCUAAGUGUGUGAUUCUCUUUAAAAAUGCCGCCUGUUACAAAAAUGUUAGCUCAAA